GGCCAACGUGGAGGAAUGCCCUUGACAGUGAGGCAGCCUUUGGCUCGAUGCCAGGAUGGUGGCCGAUGUGGGAGGAUCUGCUUUCUCUGCCUGCUUUAAAGCAAACACCCAAAACCACACACACACUGACAGCGAGCUGAACACAACAAGUUGGACCGAAGACGGCUAACUUUAACACCAGAAGAUGUUACUCACAUUUGUCAUCCUCGUCUUUCUCUUCUCUCCAGUAACGUCUCUGAAGUGUUACGUGUGCAGCUCCUCCACCACCAAUGAAGAAUGCAACCAGAGCAAUCAGAGCUGCCAGCAGCCGCUCGACACCUGCAUGACCAUCGUGGACACUUUGGGACACAUGAAAGCCAUCGUGAAGCAGUGCGCCAGCAGCGCCACAUGCAAAGGAGCGGCAUCGACCGCUUCCAUGAACGCGGAUGGAAACGGGAACACGGUCAACUGCUGCAACUACGACAUGUGCAACCUGAGCGCAGCGGACUCUGUUGAGGCGCAGGCGGCGCUGCUGCUGCUGUCGACGGCCUGCGUCUUACUGCUGCAGUCCCACUGAGGCCGGCCCCACCAGCCGCGUUGUCCCAAAACAAAGUGGAAAAAAUCAUGUAAAUAACUGUAAAUAUAUUUUAUUACAGAGACAAGGUAAAAUAUUUAUUGUGGAACCAUGAUGCCUUAUUUAAAGACAAAAAUGCUAAUCAAAAUGGGAACCUGACAGAAAAAUUAAACACUACAUCAACUACUUGCAAUCGAAAUAAGUUUCCAGAUCGGAUCAAAAAUAAAAACCCGACUGAUUUCCUUUCCAACAUUGCUUUAUUUUUUCCCCCAUCAUAUUUAACAAGUUGGCAGAUGCAGCCAAGAAGACAAAAUAAAAA